GGUGGCCGGUCGGCUGCUGAGCCCUCUGCCGCGGGGGGAGACAGUUUGCGCCUUGCCCGCGGCCACUGACCAUGACCAUGACCCUACACACCAAAGCGUCGGGAAUGGCCCUGCUGCACCAGAUCCAAGCGAACGAGCUGGAGUCCCUGAACCACCCGCAGCUCAAGAUCCCCCUGGAGCGGCCCCUGGGCGAGGUGUACGUGGACAGCGGCAAGCCCGCCGUGUAUAACUACCCCGAGGGCGCCGCGUACGACUUCAACGCCGCGGCCGCCGCCUCCGCGCCCGUCUACGGCCAGUCGGGCCUCGCCUACGGGCCCGGGUCCGAGGCGGCGGCGUUCGGCGCCAACAGCCUGGGGGGCUUCCCGCAGCUCAACAGCGUGUCUCCGAGCCCGCUGGUGCUGCUGCACCCGCCGCCGCAGCUCUCGCCCUUCCUGCACCCCCACGGCCAACAGGUGCCCUAUUACUUGGAGAACGAGCCGAGCGGUUAUGCGGUGCGCGAGGCCGGCCCUCCCGCGUUCUACAGGCCAAAUGCAGAUAAUCGGCGCCAGGGUGGCAGAGAGAGACUGGCCAGCACCGGUGACAAGGGAAGCAUGGCCAUGGAAUCUGCCAAGGAGACACGCUACUGUGCCGUGUGCAAUGACUACGCCUCGGGCUACCAUUAUGGAGUUUGGUCUUGCGAAGGCUGUAAGGCCUUCUUCAAGAGAAGUAUUCAAGGACAUAAUGACUACAUGUGUCCGGCUACCAACCAGUGCACGAUUGAUAAAAACAGGAGGAAGAGCUGCCAGGCCUGCCGGCUCCGCAAAUGCUACGAAGUGGGGAUGAUGAAAGGGGGGAUAAGGAAAGACCGGAGAGGAGGGAGAAUGUUGAAGCACAAGCGCCAGAGAGAUGAUGGGGAGGGCAGGAGUGAAGCGGUGCUCCCUGGAGACAUGAGAGCUGCCAACCUCUGGCCAAGCUCUCUCUUGAUUAAACACACUAAGAAGAACAGCCCGGUCUUGUCGCUGACCGCCGACCAGAUGAUCAGUGCCUUGCUGGAGGCUGAGCCCCCCGUAAUCUAUUCCGAAUACGAUCCCGCCAGACCCUUCAAUGAGGCUUCAAUGAUGGGCUUGCUGACCAACCUCGCAGACAGAGAGCUGGUGCACAUGAUCAACUGGGCGAAGAGGGUGCCAGGCUUUGUGGAUUUGACCCUCCACGAUCAGGUCCACCUGCUGGAAUGUGCCUGGCUAGAGAUCCUCAUGAUUGGUCUUGUCUGGCGCUCCAUGGAGCACCCAGGGAAGCUCCUGUUUGCUCCUAACUUGCUCCUAGACAGGAACCAGGGAAAAUGUGUCGAGGGCAUGGUGGAGAUCUUUGACAUGUUGCUGGCCACAUCGUCUCGGUUCCGCAUGAUGAAUCUCCAGGGAGAGGAGUUUGUGUGCCUCAAAUCCAUCAUUUUGCUUAAUUCUGGCUCUUCUGUGAGCUUCCCUGCCCUGGGAGGGAUGGAACUCUGUCCUGGAAAUACAGGGCACUGUCUGCUGACAUGGCUUACAGUUGUCUUUUUCCUAAGAUACUGGCCGCUGGUCUUUUCUCUCAAGGACGGUACUGCUGGCUUAUGAGCUGUAACAGAAAAGUGAAAUCACUCUCUCCACUCCAAAAGUGAGCUCUGUUUUGGAAAAGCAGGUCUGCCUCUGAGCACAGCUUCGGGCGUCUCAUGUUGUUCCUGAGACACACAAUCAGAAAGGACAUGACUCUGGAACACAGUGGUGUGGUCCUCAGAGCUUUUUUCAGGAUCAAAAAGUGAUCAGUCCUAUGAGGGCUACCACAGUCAACACCUUUCUCCCACAGCUGGAGGUGUGGGCUUUUCCAAACACCCAACUGAUCCAUGGCUCUGAUCAGGGGCAACCCUUCACCCGUCAUGAGACAAGUUUCAGAGUGACUCCAAUUCCAGGAAUCUCCAACAGAAGCCAAGUCAGAAAUGAUUCAGGAAAUCUGAGCUAGAAGAUACUUCUCUGAUCCCUGGGCAGCAAGACCUCAGCGUACAGAAGAACUUUGGAUUUCGUGUUGAGCCCCCAUCACCGAAGUCUGAGAAGGGGGUGCUUACAUCGGCCUUGACUUUGGGGCAGAGGCACAAGGGGCACUGGAAGGUUGAAGUGAGCACCUGCUAGGAAUGUCUUUCUGGAAGCCUUGAGAAGGUCUGCCAAAUGCCAACUUUCCCCUAGGAAACCCUCUUCACAGCUCUUUGGGAGUGGGAGAUAUUCAUCACGAUUUCUGCAAUCGAAUAAUUUAUUACUUCGCUUGCAAAAGCCUCUAAUCACCCACAGGACAGACACUGUUUGUUUUUCCACUCCCUACCAAAGGACAGAGGCGUUCCUGGUUAAUCCAAAGAUGCCUUCGCCAAAUCAGUGCCAGCUUCAAGGCAUUCUGAGAACUAGCUGGACAGCGUUCAAAGCAGGGCAAAUGCGAACAGAGCAGAUGAGCUCAGGGGAAAAGGCUGUGAGGCAGCCGCCGUGGGAGACGAGGAUGGAGCUGGAGCAGCACAGGGGGACCUGGCAGAAGGCUCUGUCCCUGUUAAUAAUAUUCCUUCUACCCAACAUGACUUCAGUUCUUCUUUGUAAAUCCAAUAUUUCGAAUUCUUCAAGCCCAGUUCAGAUCUCACCUCAUUCAGGAAAUCUUGCUACAACCCAAGCCCAUCAUGAGCUUUUCUCCUCUAGACUGUUUUAGUUCCUAAAGCCAGUACCUCAGCUGUAGCAUUUGGUCAGUGGGUUGACUGAUUUAAUUCAUUUAUUCAAUAAUUUCCCUCAUUUAUUCAGUAACUUAUCAGUUAUGG